UGGCCCCUACGAUGUUGCUGCUCUUUUUUUCAAAAAAGCCUGUGCGUUUUUAUUAUUUUCAUAAAAUACGGGGAAGCUUCAUUUAUCACAAGAUGUAUCUGGACGCCAUUCCGUCUACAUUCAUCCACGGGGGUUUAUAUCCAUCCAUCUUCUCCUUCCGCAGCAUAAAUUUCCCCAACAAGGAAACUAUUCAAAUCCCUGAAAUUCUGAGCAGAUCCUUCGCUGCGCUGUUGGAGUCAUAUGAUUUGAGGCUUCGAAAUUUAUAGCUGUUCGCCUGGAUUCUGAGGAGGCCUUAUUCAACGAUUUCAACCAGAGAGGGAUCCAAAACUGUAAAGAAAGAAAGGAGCUUGUAAAGAAAAUGGAGGUGAGAAGAGAAAAGGCUCCUAUUCCUAUUCCGCUGUGUUGUGAAGAGAAAAAGUUGACAGUAAGUUUAAAGAAGGAUCCGCUUCAUACGAUGUACAAAGUCCCAUUUGCGGAUACUCCCUAUGGCAGAGCCAAGCACCUCCAGCUUGUGGACAAGGACCCGGAGGGUGCCAUUGCCCUUUUCUGGCAAGCCAUUAAUGCCGGGGACCGCGUUGACAGCGCUCUUAAAGAUAUGGCUGUCGUCAUGAAGCAGCACAACAGAUCCGAAGAGGCUAUUGCGGCCAUUAAAUCCUUCAGACACCUAUGCUCUGACCAAGCGCAGGAGUCUCUUGAUAAUGUGCUUUUUGAUCUAUAUAAGAAAUGUGGUAGAUUAGACGAGCAAAUCGAGCUGCUGAAGCACAAGCUCUGCCUAAUUCAGCGCGGCGCUGCAUUUAACGGGAAGGCUACCAAAACAGCACGGUCACAUGGAAAGAAGUUUCAACUCUCCAUAAAGCAGGAGACUACCCGACUUCUGGGCAAUUUGGGAUGGGCAUACAUGCAGCAGCUCAACUUCGCCGCCGCCGAAAUCGUUUACAGAAAAGCGCAGUUAAUCGAUCCGGACGAGAACAAGGCCUGCAAUUUGAGCAUAUGCCUGAUGAAGCAGGGGAAGGUAGAGGAGGCUAUCAAUAUUCUCCAGGCGUCACUCUCAACGAGCAAAGAACACAAGCCGUUGGAUCGAACAGAGGAAUUACUCAAACAGAUUCAGGCCCUCAAAAUUGAAGAAAAUGCUACUCUACAAGCAGAAUCAGAUCUUCUUGACUUGCAAUUGCCAGAAUGGAAUUGGAGCACUCAGAUGGGCCGAAAAAGAAAUCGAUUGCGUGUUUUUGAGCAGAUGACUGCAGUAGCAUUCUAGAGAUCAAAUUUUACAUGUUAGUGCGCCUUUGCAAGCUCCAGGUAGCCUUAAAAACGCUCCUCUCUAUAUUUACUGGGAUGGAGAUGUGUGUUAUAUGGAGGCCUGUAAAUUGAUGGUCUCUGCCCUGUUUUUGCCAGUUUUGACCAUAUUUUACAGUCUCAGUUGAAGAGGCCCGAGAUUAAUAUAGGAAAAUUUACAGGCAUUUAUAUUAGUAAAUCGUAAAUAUUUAUUGUAGGUAAAAUUUGUAUUAAUAUACUUGAUAUUUAAUAAGAAAUAUAUAUGAGUGCAGGGAAAUUAUUUCU